CUAAAAUCGAUUUUGAAGGUUUUGUUUGAUGUUCUAGAAAUUCUAGAUUCUUGUUUUGUAUUGUGUUCCAAACAAAACAAUUUAAAUUAGUGUUUGUUUCUAUUUCAAUUUCUGCAAGCGAAAUGUCGCAGACAGAAGAAAAUACAGAUGCCACUGAAGCUGGAGGAAGCGCGACCAACGACAAUGAAUCCUCGUCAGAUGCCGCCUCUAAAAACGAAGAUUUCGACACCAAAUUGGAAACCGAUCGCGGCAAACGAUUCGAUUAUCUACUGGAACAAACUGAAAUUUUCUCUCAUUUCAUGAACCAAACCAAAUCGCCCCCGAAAGCCAAAACCGCAGGCAGACCCAAAAAAACUAAAGAAGAAAUAGCCGAUCACAGACACCGAAAAACUGAACAGGAAGAGGACGAAGAACUCUUGGCCGAAACCAAUGCAAAAACCAAAGCCCUGAUCAGGUUUGAAGUGUCGCCGCCUUACAUUAAAGGCGGAGAAAUGAGGGACUAUCAAAUAAGAGGCCUAAACUGGAUGAUUUCUUUGUACGAAAAUGGCAUCAAUGGUAUUCUGGCCGAUGAGAUGGGGCUGGGUAAAACUUUGCAGACCAUUUCAUUGCUAGGCUUCAUGAAACAUUACAAAAAUACAGCAGGGCCACAUAUAGUUAUUGUACCUAAGUCUACCCUUUCGAAUUGGAUGAAUGAGUUUAGCAAAUGGUGUCCAUCAAUAAGGGCUGUUUGUCUUAUUGGUGACCAAGCAGAAAGGAAUGCUCUAAUUAGAGACGUUCUAAUGCCAGGUGAAUGGGACGUGUGCGUCACCUCCUAUGAAAUGUGCAUCAAAGAAAAAUCUGUCUUCAAAAAAUUCAAUUGGCGCUACAUGGUCAUAGAUGAAGCUCACAGAAUCAAAAACGAAAAAUCCAAACUAUCGGAAAUUCUUAGGGAGUUUAAAACGUCCAACAGAUUGUUAUUGACCGGAACUCCGUUGCAAAACAAUUUGCACGAGCUUUGGGCCUUGUUGAACUUCUUACUGCCUGAUGUUUUCAACUCUUCUGAUGAUUUUGAUGCCUGGUUCAAUACCAACCAGUGUUUGGGUGAUAAUAGUCUAGUUGAAAGAUUACACGCGGUAUUGAAGCCGUUUUUGUUGAGACGGCUCAAAUCUGAAGUAGAAAAAAAAUUGAAGCCUAAAAAGGAACUGAAAGUUUACGUAGGAUUGAGUAAAAUGCAAAGAGAGUGGUACACAAAAGUGUUGCUGAAAGACAUCGAUAUCGUUAAUGGGGCAGGAAAAGUUGAGAAAAUGCGCCUACAAAACAUCCUUAUGCAGCUCAGAAAAUGCACAAACCAUCCUUAUUUGUUUGACGGAGCUGAGCCAGGCCCACCCUACACCACAGAUGAACAUCUUGUGUUUAAUUGUGGCAAAAUGGUAAUUUUAGACAAAUUAUUGCCCAAAUUGCAAGAACAAGGCAGUAGGGUAUUAAUAUUUUCACAAAUGACUCGAAUGCUGGACAUUCUCGAAGAUUAUUGCCACUGGAAGAUGUACCCUUAUUGCAGACUGGAUGGACAAACACCACACGAAGACCGUCAAAGACAAAUCAACGAAUACAAUGAAGAAGGAAGCAAAAAGUUUGUUUUUAUGUUGUCCACGAGAGCUGGAGGUUUGGGUAUUAAUCUGGCCACAGCUGAUGUGGUUAUUAUUUACGAUUCCGACUGGAAUCCACAAAUGGAUUUGCAAGCCAUGGACAGGGCCCAUAGGAUUGGUCAAAAAAAGCAAGUCAGAGUAUUUCGGUUUAUAACUGAUAAUACUGUAGAAGAAAAAAUUGUUGAACGUGCCGAAGUUAAGCUGAGGCUAGAUAAGCUUGUAAUCCAACAAGGCAGAUUGGCAGAUUCAAAAGCAACCACUUUAAACAAAGACGAAAUGUUGAACAUGAUCAGACACGGAGCCAAUCACGUGUUUGCUUCGAAAGACUCUGAAAUAACAGACGAGGACAUAGAUGUAAUUUUAGAAAGAGGCGAAACCAAAACUCUAGAGCUGGCUCAGAAAAUGGAGAGUUUAGGGGAAUCAUCUUUGAGAAAUUUCACCGUUGAUGCUCCCACUCAAUCAGUUUAUAAAUUUGAAGGAGAAGAUUACAGAGAAAAGCAAAAAAACUAUGGUAUUAGUAAUUGGAUAGAACCACCAAAACGAGAAAGAAAAGCCAAUUAUGCUGUCGAUGCCUAUUUCAGGGAAGCACUCAGAGUGUCAGAGCCUAAGGCACCAAAAGCACCACGACCACCUAAACAACCAAUGGUGCAAGACUUUCAAUUUUUCCCGCCACGUUUGUUCGAAUUAUUGGACCAGGAAAUUUACUAUUACCGCAAAACUUUAGGCUACAAAGUACCAAAAAACCCAGAACUAGGACCGGAAGCUAAUAAAAUACAACGCGAGGAACAAAAGAAAAUCGACGAAUCAGAUGUGCUGACAGAAGAAGAACAACAAGAGAAAGAGCAAUUACUAACGCAAGGAUUUACUAAUUGGAGCAAAAGAGAUUUCAAUCAGUUUAUUAAAGCUAAUGAAAAAUACGGCAGAGAUGACAUUGAAAAUAUUGCUAAAGACGUCGAAGGCAAAACUCCUGAGGAAGUCAUGGAAUAUUCAGCAGUAUUUUGGGAACGUUGCCACGAGCUGCAAGAUGUUGAUAGAAUUAUGGCUCAAAUUGAACGAGGAGAAACGAAAAUUGAACGCAGAGCUAGUAUUAAACGGGCAUUAGAUGCGAAAAUGGCCAGGUAUAGAGCCCCUUUCCAUCAACUGCGUCUGGCUUAUGGAAACAAUAAAGGCAAAAACUACAUGGAAGAAGAAGACAGAUUUUUAGUUUGCAUGUUGCACAAAUUGGGCUUUGAAAGGGAAAAUGUUUAUGAAGAACUUAAGGCCGCAGUAAGGGCUUCGCCUCAAUUCAGAUUUGAUUGGUUCCUCAAGUCUAGAACCGCAAUGGAGUUGCAGAGACGUUGCAAUACUCUGAUUACUCUGAUCGAGAGGGAGAAUGCUGAAUUGGAGGAAAAGGAAAAGAAUGAAAGGAAGAAAAAGGCGCCUAAGGCUGGACAAUUGACUGGUAAUCCUGCUCAUUUGCCGCAAAAAUCAGGACAGAAAAGGAAGGCUGAUAUUGCUGGUGCACCUGUGGCUACAGACAAGAAAAAGAAGAGAAAGUGAUAGAGGGUAAUAAUUAUUGAUUACAGCUUUAUGGAAUAAGAUAUAUAUUUUGCUCGAGAUAUAAUCGUUAGGCUUUUAUGAAUGUAUUAAAUUAUAAUAUGAUUACAUUUAUUUAUUUUUUUAUUAAUUAUUUUCUCCUUGUCUAAAAUAAUU